GUCACGACACGGACCCUGAGAGCAAACUAUAGCAAGAUAUUAAGUCUGAGAGAACAGACAUCAAUUGUGAUGGAUUCAGACGACUUCACUUCAAAUAGAAGUUUCACAACUGUGAACUAUUUUGAGACAAUCGACCUUGUGCUCAUAAAUCAAGAGCGUCGUUUGUAGAUGAACGGAGUCUCACGCGCGUGACUAUACCACCAGCUACUUAGCUGCGGUGGCGGUUCGAGAGGGGGGCCCCUCAAAAUUGACUACACCGCAUUAUUGGUGCUUCAUCCCCGCUUAUUCAAGAAUUUUUUGAAAAAAUUAAUUCUAUCAAAGCAAUAAUAACGGGUGUCAAUUAUCCACAGACUUUCGCGAUCCCUAUCACCUGAAUAGUGGUAGGCCACUGUGUGUGUGUGUGUGUGUCUGUGCAUGUGUGUCUGUUUGUGUGUAAGCAUAUGUUUGUAUGUAUGAGUGUGUGAUGACUAUGGGAAUAUUGAAGAACAUGCAAUUAUUAUACAUACACACACAUAUAUAUACAUGUUUUCUCACUGGAGUGUUUUAAGUUUGUUUUAUUAGGCUGUUAUCUUUUCAGACUGUUGUGAGUGCAGGUUUCACCCACUGUACCUACCUACAGAGCAGUCAAAUAGUCAAAUAUAGUCAUAGAGAUUGUAUUUUUAUUUAAAUGCUCCUGGCUUUGUGGACCAAUGUACGUCUAUUUUUGGGGUCUACUCGUGUUAAAGAAUGCCAAUUCCUGUCGGGAUGGAGGAUUCAGUUUGAUCCGCUUUGAUAAACACCAGCUGCCCAUUAGAACAUACACACACCCAUACACAUUCAAACACAAACACACAGUGAUGAGGUGUGUCUGUAUUUACAUACACAGGCAGUCUUGUGGUAGAUCAAUGUGUUUUGAUGGUGAUCCGGUGUCCUGUUGCAGCCGAUCAAACAUUACACAUACAGUAAAACCAUGUGAGUGUGUAACACUGAGCUCAUUGUUUGGGAGAGGCAACACUAACACUACACUACAUUACAAUUUAGAUUGUAUGGGACAAAUAUUAAAUCGGCCUUGACAGAAAGUUAAAGCUAAUGAUCGCUCUUCUUACGCUGUACACUUACAUUUUGUUAUGUUAAAGUUCUAUGGAAGGCAUCUUUAAAACAGUCGCCAACUGGCAAAGUGAAUCUAGAAAGAAGAAGGCGUUUCCACCAUCUGGGGACACUGAAAGCUAAAAAAAAAAAAAAAAAAAUGCCAGUGCGGCAAUUGGCAAAUCCAGUCGUAACUCGCUGGGGAGUUGGGACCACCAAAUUUCAGAAGCUGCAAAAAUUCAAAGGGUCGACCAAUCACUCCUCCUCCUUUUCCCACCAUAUAUAUACUAUACUUGUAACCCCCCAAAAAAAAAAAAAAAAAAAAAAAAAAAAAUACAAUUUUAAAAAGUCAUGGCACCCGAAACCUAAUAACUGGUUAGGCCACUCUCAGUGGUAACAAUUGAAAUCAAGCAUUUUCUAGAACUGGCAAUAAGUGUUGUACAUCUCCGGAAACAUUUUAUGCCGCUCUUCCUUCCAGAAUUGUUUUAAUUCAGCAACAUUGGAGGGUUUUUGAGCAUGAACGGUAAAUUGACAGUAAAUAGUGUCUUUUCACCUGUAAGAAAAGACGCACUUAAAUAUCAUUUCAGUUAUCUUACAACAUUACCGUUAAAAUUAAAUGUGUUGGAGGUGAUUUGAUUACAAAAACAAAUGUGUACGUAUGGCAAAGACUAACUGUAAUUUCCACUUACCAAUCAGGCUAAACUUUAGCUCCUCCAAGACAUACAAAGAUGUUAGCGAGGGCUUUGGUACCAUCUUGUGGUGUCUUAGAUCAUUAUAAAAAGCGCCCAACAAUGUGAAAAGGUCAGUUUUUUAGCAAAUAGCUGAGAACACAUUCCUCAGUAAAAAAUAAAAAAAAAAAUGCGGUACUGUAAUUACUAUAAUUUGUGAAUCACGAACCAGAUGGCAAUUCACUGUACAGUAUUUUAAGUCAUGUGAAUGGAGAUCAUUUCGAUAAAGUUGUAAAAGAAACGUCACAAUUUUUACUAGGUUGCUGUAACGUAAGCGCAUCCAAAAUGAGUUUAAAAAGAAGCCCUCCCUGCCAUGCUUUUGGUUAACACCAUCUUAUCUCCAUGCAGACUACAAGGCCCAAAGGGAAACGCAAAUGACAACUGUGCAUAUUUUGAAAGUAUAAAGCUGUAACUCAUCGCUGGCCUGUUCCCGGUUGACCAAAAUAGAGAGGAGCGACUUCAGCUGAUGGCGUCCUUUUCGUGUUCGAACACGGCGACGACAGACGCGUCAGGAAUUUUUGGUGCCUGGCCUGCCAGCGGGGAUGUCCAGAGCCACGAGAUCAGCCUCUCGGUCUCCCAGCCCUUCGAGAUCCCAUUCCCGAUCUCGCUCCAGAUCCCGGUCCACCUCGCAGUCUCGAAGAAGUCAUUCACGAUCUCGCUCCAGGAGACAUCGUUACAGCUCUAGGUCUCGGUCUCGAUCACGGUCCCGGUCAAGAUCUCAAUCUCCAUUAUAUUACCGCGACAAGAAAUACCAAAACAGCCGGGAGUUCCGGGGCUACCACCGCGGAUUCCGGAGGCCGUACAACUUCCGAGGCAGAGGACGGGGCUUUUUCCCCCGCGGACGAUACCAGCGUGGUGGUGGUGGUGGUGGGAGAGGCUACAAUAACAACAAUAAUUUCCGUAACAACUGGAAAAAUCACAAGCAGAACCCCCAGAAGCAGCAAAAGCAGCAGCACCAAAACCAGUCCCGAGGGCGACCCUACAUUCAUAAAUUCUCCGGAAGCCCCCCUCCUCCCGGACACUCCCGCCACUCCGAUCGAUCCCUUUCUCCGUUAUCCAGGCAAUCCCAACAUUCUAACGCUUCCUCUCACGGUUCUUCUCCCAAAGCCCCUUUGGUGGCUAAUCAGAGUUCCAACAAUAUUAAGGAGGAGCUCUUGGCCUCCAAGGAGGUCCAGAAAGAAGGGACAGAUGGAGAGAAAACAGAGGUGGGAGAUGCCCAAGAGGGUCAAAACAGUGGGACAACCCAGGGGGGCUGGCAAGUCUUGAUGGAAUGCAACAGAAGUCCAAAGAAAGCCAGUCCAGAAAAUCAUGCUGUCAAUGUUCAAAACAGUCAAACCUCAAACGAGGCUGGUACCUCGCCACAGACCGUGAAUGACACCAGCAAUGGUGCCCCCUCGUGGGAGACGAUUUGUAAUGCAACUUCUACAAAAAAGUUUUCACAGGAAGCGCUAAACCAAAUGCUUUCCAGCCUUGACGUCUUCAAGAGCGAAGAAUGUUCGGAUGGAGAUAAAAUGGCCAUCUCCAUUGCUUUCAGAAAGUUUUUGAAGGAGCACAAUAAAAAACCCAAACCCACUUGGGAAAACAGGAGAACAGAGGCAGAUACUGUAGAGGAGGAUCAAGUCAAUAUAAACGGCCCAGCACCUGCAGGUGCCACUGAGUGGCCGUCAAAGCGCUACAAAGAAGACCUAAAUGGCAAAGUGCCUUUAGACCAUUUGUUGAAGGAUUGUCCUUCUCUGUCUGAUGAGGAAGGGAUGCUCCCCAAGCCUCAUUCAAAGUCUCUAAACAAAGACAGGCACAACGGGGAUGUCCACAACUCUAAUCCAAAGGUUGUUCAUCCUGCCAGAGAGCCGUUUGACGAGUGCUAUGACAGAUGGCAAAAUGUGGCCUCCGCACAGGAGGAACCUGACGCCCUGGGAGAGGAGAUGUACACCGCUCUUAAAUCAGCUGCUGUCGCUCGGCGGGAAAUGGUGGGCACUUUUGAGGAGCUUGGUUGCAAACCCAGGAAAAUGUCAGACUCUCCCUCCAUGCUACCGAUGAGGCGGAACUCUGACAGGGAGAUGUUUAUGAUGAAUGCAGAGGACUCAUCGCUGUUGUCCUUGAGAAAACCGGAGACCAAGAUUAAUGUCAGAAUGGAUUUCCUCGGCGACAGCUUGAUAGGCACUUCAGAGAUUUUAGCUCAGGAGCGACAGUUGUCUCAGGACUUGGUGCAAUCUUCAAAGAGGGGCCAGGAGUUCCGCUCUAUUUUUCAACACGUUCAAGCUGCUCCGAUGCAGAGAAGUCCCUCCGAGCUGUUUGCUCAGCACAUUGUGGCCAUCCUGCACCAUAUCAGAGCUCAGCACUUUGCGUCGUCCCGAAUGACUCUUAACGAGCGAUUCACUGUGUACCAAAGACAAGCUGCAGAGAAGGAGAGCAUGAAGCCUAGAAAAAGCCCAGAGAUUCACAGGAGAAUUGACGUCUCACCAAGUGCUUUUAAGAAACACUCUCAGGUUUUUGAGGGAAUGAAAAGCUCAGAGGAUGGCACUAACAAGGAUGUCUGGGAAAAAACAAAGGGCGACCUGAUGGACCUGCGUUUGGAUAUCGAACGGCGUAAGAAAUAUUCUAGCCGAGAAAUAGAUUACAAACAUGAUGGGUUUGGAGAUUCCCCAGACACUAGUCGAGAGAGAUCUGAGGAACAUUUCUCAAAGAAAUCAAAGAUCAAUGAGAGCAAGUGCUCUCGCUCCAGGUCGUCCUCGUCGUCGUCGUCCUCCAAGUCCCACAUGGAUGAUUUGCCCAAGCCCAAGCCCAAGCUCAAAAACGAUGGCUUUAACAGGGCUCGGCUGGCUCCGACCGAGACGCCAGCGGCGAAAGAAGCGCCGUGGAGAGGAUUUCAAGUCCGAUUUCGUGGAAGGGGCUGGAAGAGUGGCAACUACCAGGGAGACUCCAAUCCAGACCUGCCAGUAGCACCCACGAACCAAGACUGUGAUCAGGGAUGUCCCCCAAAGAGCAGAAAAUACUACUUGCAUGAUGACAGAGACGGCGAGGUAGAAGCAAGCAAGAGGACGGACAAUCAAGGCGGGCACGGACGUGGCGGGGGCGGCUUCUCACGUGGACGGGCAAGAUUUCUCAUACGGAAAACCAAUGAUGGGGGGCCGAACAUCAGCUGGGCCCAAGAUAAGUUCCUGGUCAACGACAUGCGGGAGGACCAGAUGGAACAGGACCAGAAAGACAGAAAUACUUGAUCGUCAACACCUUAAGAGAUCGUCUUCUUAUCGGAUCUGAUUUGUAUCCACUUGAAUAUUCGACAAAGGCAGAUGUAACUACUUACGAGAUGUUACUUUAUAGUCAUAACACAGUGGACUACUAUUUUACCUACUGUACCUUCUCUGGUUAUAGCCAUGCUUUACAAAAUGACUGGUGGACUUUUUGGAGUGUCAGUUAAAAAAAAAAAAAAAUCACAUUUUUACCUUAAACUUUUCAAAUUGACUCGAGCCUUUUCAAAUCAAAUGCCUGCAUGAGCUAUGAAAAAAAGUGCUUCCUGUGGUUGUGGUUGGGUUUCAAGCAGUGGCGGGCCUUCAAUGGGGGAUUUACCUGACUUAAUCCACCUCUUAAUACGUGUUUAAUUCAUUCAUUCAUCAAUUCAUGUUGCAAUAUUCGAAAGCAUCAAUACUAUACCAAAAUGUAAGAUAACUUCCCACAUGUACAUUAUUUAGAGCAGUUCACAAUCAAUAUUUAUAUAAUAAGAUGACAAAAACAUUAUUGAUAAACUAUAGACACAUCAGAGAGGCCGAUUAUUAAAAGUAUUAAGGUGUGCAGAUAGCUACAGACAUGUUUUGCUCAUCAAAUCUGGCUUUCUCUGACCAACCAAUCAGAGGCCUGAACAAUGUUGACGUUAUUGUAAGGCAGUUAGCUGUCCCUCUGAAGCAAAUUUGAAAUCUGAUUGGUUGAAGAAAUUGCCGAUAUAUUUUAAGGAAAAUCGGCCAGCACGACUGAUUCUGAAGACCCUGGGCAGAUCGGUUUGACAUGGCAACACAUACAGGCUCAAAUAUGGCUAGACAAAAGAAAAAAUAAUCUAACAUCCACGUACACUGUACACAUACUAGAAGCAGCCAAGAAUAAUGCUUUUAAGUGAAGAAAAUAUGGAAUAAAUGGCUAAAAUUAGAUUAAUUAGAUUAUCCAUCCAUCCAUCCAUUUUCUGAGCCGCGUCUCCUCACUAGGGUCGCGGACGUGCUGGAGCCUAUCCCAGCUGUCAUCGGGCAGGAGGUGGGGUACACCCUGAACUGGUUGCCAGCCAAUCGCAGGGCACAUAUAAACAAACAACCAUUCACACUCACAUUCACACCUAUGGGCAAUAUUAGAAUUUAGGUUGUAGGUGAAUGCUUCUGAUAGGUCAGCAAAAAAGGCCAUGCUCUCCCUCACAGGUUACCACUGCACUUCUCAAAAUGGCUUAUGGACUAUUUCAAAAUCACUUUUGUACCUUAAACUUUUGAAAUUGUUUGAGCUUUUAUGCUUCUUUGUAGUUAAUAGUUGUGUCCCCUUGGGAUUCAAAGGCACUUAAGGACACUGUUGACCUUGAUCUGACAAAGGGACCAAACUGUAAAGGGUCAUCAAAAAGUCAGGUCGGAUUUACAAUAGCAUAAAGCAAACUACCUGGACUUUUAUGAGGCUGUUCACAUUUAGAAUUUCUGUUGUUCACAAUAGGAGCUUUAGCAAGCUACAACCCCAAUUCCAAUAAAGUUGGGACGUUGUGUUAAACAUAAAUAAAAACAGAAUACAAUGAUUUGAAAAUCAUGUUCAACCUAUAUUUAAUUGAAUACACUACAAAUACAAGAUGUUUAAUGUUCAAACUGAUAAAUGUUAUUGUUUUUAGCAAAUAAUCAUUAACUUAUAAUUUUAUGGCUGCAACACGUUCCAAAAAAAGGUGGGACUGGUGGCAAAAAAGACUGAAAAGUUGAGGAAUGCUCAUCAAACACCUGUUUCGAACAUCCCACAGGUGAACAGGCUAAUUGGGAACCGGUGGGUGCCAUGAUUGGGUAUAAAAGGAGCUUCCCUGAAUUGCUCAGUCAUUCACAAGCAAAGAUGGGGCGAGGUUCACCUCUUUGUGAACAAGUGCAGUUUAAGGACAAUGUUCCUCAACGUACAAUUGCAAGGAAUUUAGGGAUUUCAUCAUCUAUGGUCCAUAACAUCAAAAGGUUCAGAAAAUCUGGAGAAAUCACUGCAUGUAAGGGGCAAGGCCGAAAACCAACAUUGAAUGCCCGUAACCUUCGAUCACUCAGGCGGCACUGCAUCAAAAAAAACGACAUCAAAGUGUAAAGGAUAUCACCACAUGGGCUCGUGAACACGUCAGAAAACCAAUGUCAGUAAAUAUAGUUUGGCGCUACAUCCGUAAGUGCAACUUGAAACUCUACUAUGCAAAGCAAAAGCCAUUUAUCAACAACACCCAGAAACGCUGCCGGCUUCUCUGGGUCCGAGCUCAUCUAAGAUGGACUGAUGAAAAGUGGAAAAGUGUUCUGUGGUCCGACGAGUCCGCAUUUCAAAUUGUUUUUGGAAAUUGUGCACGUUGUGUCCUCCGGGCCAAAGAGGAAAAGAACCAUCCGGACUGUUAUGGACGCAAAGUUCAAAAGCCAGCAUCUGUGAUGGUAUGAGGCUGUGUUAGUGCCAAUGGCAUGGGUAAAUUACACAUCUGUGAAGGCACCAUUAAUGCUGAAAGGUACAUACAGGUUUUGGAGAAACAUAUGCUGCCAUCCAAGCAAAGUGUUUUUCACGGACGCCCCUGCUUCUUUCAGCAAGACAAUGCCAAACCACAUUCCGCAUGUGUUACAACAGCGUGGCUUCGUAGUAAAAGAGUGCGGGUACUAGACUGGCCUGCCUGCAGUCCAGACCUGUCUCCCAUUGAAAAUGUGUGGCGCAUUAUGAAGCAUAAAAUAUGACAAUGGAGACCCCGGACUGUUGAAGAGCUGAAACUGUACAUCAAGCAAGAAUGGGAAAGAAUUCCACCUACAAAGCUUCAACAAUUUAGGUCCUCAGUUCCCAAACGUUUAUUGAAUGUUGUUAAAAGAAAAGGUGAUGUAACACAGUGGUAAACAUGACCCUGUCCCAACUUUUUGGGAACAUGUUGCAGCCAUAAAAUUCUAAGUUAAUGAUUAUUUGCUAAAAACAAUAAAGUUUAUCAGUUUGAACAUUAAAUAUCUUGUCUUUUUAGUGUAUUCAAAAAUUAAAUAUAGGUUCAACAUUAUUUGCAAAUCAUUGUUUUCUGUUUUUAUUUAUGUUUAACACAACGUCCCAACUUCAUUGGAAUUGGGGUUGUAGAUGUAGGAAAACAAUUAUUAAUAUAUAUCUAAAUAUAAAAUUAGUUUGAAGUUUUGUGUUCGUUAAGCAGGAUUUACAUUUGGUUAAGGUAUAAUUUGGGUCUUUAAACAUUUCUCAAGCCAGUUAAUGUGACAUUGUGUGCUUAUGUGUCAACAUUACCCAGUCACAUUUUUUAUACUUACAGAAACUGUAAGAACGUUUCACACAAAUUAGUAGUUUUUUUUGCUGAAGUAUCUUAAAAACACAAAUAAUUUGUUUACGCCUGCUUGUGUACAUGAGCAGACUCUGGCCUCCACAGUAUACACAGGGUGUAUACAUGAAAUAAGGUUAUGGUAUUUAUAAGAACUUUUAAAGAUGAUUAAAAAGUUGGGGGGAAUAGUCUGCAUGGAGUUCAGCUACAGUAUAUGUAAAAGUGAAAGUAAGUAAUAUUUGUGUUCACCUGGUGUGCCUGCUUGUGUUACGCUUGAGCUAAGUGGCUCGAUAAUAAUCGUUUUUUCAUGGGUGUUUCUUGUGUUCCGGAAGACUGUUUAAUUAAAUGGAACAUUGAUGACAA